AUGCGGGCGCUGCGGGCUGGCCUGACGCUGGCGCUGGGCGCCGGGCUGGGUGCGGCUGCCGAGGGCUGGCGGCGGCGCCGGGCAGAUGCACGGCCGGCGCCAGGGCUGCUGGGCCGGCUGCCGGUGCUGCCCGUGGCCGCGGCGGCCGGACUGCCCGCCGUGCCUGCCUUACCCGGGGCCCCGGCAGGCGGAGGCUCCGGCGAGCUGGCUAAGUAUGGGCUGCCGGGGCUGGCGCAGCUCAAGAGCCGCGAGUCGUACGUGCUGUGCUACGACCCGCGCACUCGCGGCGCGCUCUGGGUGGUGGAGCAGCUGCGGCCCGAGCGGCUUCGCGGCGACGGCGACCGCCGCUCCUGCGACUUCCGCGAGGACGAGUCGGUGCAUGCGUACCACCGCGCCACCAACGCCGACUACCGCGGCAGCGGCUUCGACCGCGGCCACUUGGCCGCCGCUGCCAACCACCGCUGGAGCCAGAAAGCCAUGGAUGACACCUUCUACCUGAGCAACGUCGCGCCCCAGGUGCCCCACCUCAACCAGAAUGCCUGGAACAACCUGGAGAAGUACAGCCGGAGCUUGACCCGCACCUACCAAAAUGUCUAUGUCUGCACAGGGCCGCUCUUCCUGCCCAAGACAGAGGCUGAUGGGAAGUCCUACGUGAAGUACCAGGUAAUCGGCAAGAACCACGUGGCCGUGCCCACCCACUUCUUCAAAGUGCUGAUCCUGGAGGCAGCAGGCGGGCAAAUCGAACUCCGCUCCUAUGUGAUGCCCAACGCCCCCGUGGACGAGGCAAUCCCGCUGGAGCGCUUCCUGGUGCCCAUCGAGAGCAUUGAGCGGGCCUCGGGGCUGCUCUUUGUGCCGAAUAUCCUGGCAAGGGCAGGCAGCCUCAAGGCCAUCACUGCGGGUAGCAGGUGAGGGCAGUAGCCCAGCCAGACUGAGGGUGUGGGGGCUGGGUAACAUUAAAGGUGGUUAUUUUU